AUGUGCGUGUAGCAUGUGCAGACAUUGCUUCCAGAAGACUAUUCAAAGAGAGUUCAGUUUUAUAUAAGGCUCAUCCAACAAUUCAGAAAUGAUCCACAGUUUUUCAAUAACAGCUUAUGAACGGACGAAGCAAUUUUUCAACAAGCAGGCAUUGAUAAGACAAAGUACACCACUGGACGCCAGCGAAUCCACGAGUUCUGAUGAUGAAGAUCAGAUUGUCGAUACCACUGAGGGGAGGUGGGUAGUCUUGGCUAGUGCAAUCAUAUAUCAGGCAAGAAAGAAAGUUCAUGUCGAGCUUAGAAAAUAUUUAUUUACUUCUUCAGACCGUGCUAUUUGAAAUGUAGACAAUGGCAGCUCCAGGAUUAUGUUUGCAAAACGUGAAUUUUCGAGAUUGAGGUUUCCUGCAGCAUUUUGUCAAUCUUAC